AUGAAAGAAGAACCAGUCACUGAUGUAACCGUCUCCCCACCAAGUGCAGACUUGGUUGAAUUCAACAGCUCAGUCCAUCUAUCCUGCUCCUCCUCCUCUGGAUCUUCUCUCUCCUUCCGCUGGUUGAACAGCAGCUCUGAGGUUACUCCCAGUGACAGGGUUCAGAUCACUGAUGGAGGAUCAACUCUGACUAUAGUUAAUGUGACCCGCUAUGACCAGGGAUCAUACAGCUGUAAUGUGUCUAAUCCUGUCUCUUCUAUCGGCAGUGAUCCAAUAGAAAUCAGUGUCAGCUAUGGUCCAGACAAUGUAAGGUUAGAGGUGAAUCCACCAGGAGAACAUUAUAAGACUGGGUCAGACAUCAUUCUGACCUGCUGUGUGGAUUCAAGACCUUCUGCUGAAUAUCAGUGGUUUCUGAAUGAAGGAGCUCUGACUACAACUGGACCAGAACUCAGACUGAUGAACAUUCAGAUGAGUCAAAGUGGAAACUACAGCUGUCAGGCCUUUAACAGCAAAACCCUGAGAUACCAAAAAUCUCAGCCUUUAGCUGUCUAUGUACAUGAUCCUGUCUCUAAGGUAAAGCUCAUUCCAGAAUCCUCAGACUUGAUUGAGUUUAGCAAAUCUGCCAGCUUCUUCUGCUCCUCGUCUGGAUCAUCUCUCUCCUUCCGUUUGAUGAAAGACUCCUCUGAGAUUACAGCCAGUGACAGAGUUCAGAUUACUGAUGGAGGAUCCAAUCUCACUAUCGUCAAUGUGACCAGAAAUGACGAGGGAUCAUACAGCUGUGAAGUGUCCAAUCCUGUCAGCAAUGCCAACAGUGAUCCAGUAAAGUUCUCUGUCAGCUAUGGCCCAGAAAAAGUCAAAUUAAAGGUUAACCCUGAAUCUCAUAAUCCAUAUGUGGAAGGUUCAGACAUCACCUUGUCCUGUUCAGCUGACUCCAGACCUGCUGCCGUGUUUAGUUGGUUCCUAAAUGCAAAACUUCUGCCUAAUUCUGAACAUGAGCUCAGGCUAAUCAGUGUUCAGAGGAAUCAGAGUGGAAACUACAGCUGUCAGGCCUUUAACAGUAAAACCACAAAAAAGCAGACAUCUGAACUUGCAUCUAUCUCUAUAGUGGAACGUAUUUCUAACGUUUUCGUCGCAUCACCCCCCACUGAUUUGGUAGAGUUCAACAGUUCUGUCAGACUGUCUUGUUCUGCAUCUGGAUUCUCCCCCCGUUUCACCUGGAAGAAAGAUGGCAUUGAGGUUUCAGCAAGUGACAGAAUUCAGAUCACUGAAGGAGGAUCCAAUCUGACUGUAGUCAAUGUGACCAGACAUGAUCAGGGAUUUUAUACCUGUUUAGCCAGUAAUGAUUUCAGUAAUGACAGCAGUGAUCCACUAUACCUCACCAUAAUCUAUGGCCCCGAAAAUAUCAACUUAACAAAAUCACCACCAAAAGAAAGUUAUGCUGAAGGCUCAGACAUCACCUUGUCCUGCUCAGCAGAGUCCAACCCUGCUCCUUUAUUUUCAUGGUUUCUAAAUGGAGAACAACUUUCUGAUUCUGAAUCAGAAAUGAAGCUUGUUGAUGUUACCUUGAAUCAAAAUGGAAGCUACAGCUGUCAGGCUUUUAAUAACAAAACUUUGAGAUACUUAUCAUCUCGACCAGUAACUGUUCUUAUAUCUGAAAAGAAACCAGGAUUACCUGCAGGAGCAAUUGCUGGAAUAGUUAUUGCGUGCCUAGUCGUUGUCGCAGUUUUUGUUGGCGUUGGAUACUAUUUCAUGGUUUCAAAAAAAAGGAGCAAAACAACUGAUGAUUCAAGUGAGCUGAACUAUGCAAGAAUCAAGUUUGCAAAGAAGAAAGAAGCAAACCCAACCCCAGUGGGUUUGGAUAAUAUUGCAUCUGACUACGCUCAAGUCAGGGUGAACCACAACAACACAGCUGGAGGAGCGCCUUCUCAUGUCUAGCAGUGGAGAAGCUAAAGAGCAAGAUUCCCACAGACAAAUGAAGAAGGAUGGAGGUUGAACUUUACUCAGCAGAAUGUGCUUGGAUCAGGGUAAAAACCAACAGAAGUCUGGCACAGUAAUGCAGAGAGAGCUUUUAACUUCUUUAUUUAUUUUAUUGACCAUAAUGCUUUUGAUUGUUCUGUGCAAUAUUUAACUCGGUUAGGAUUUUCAAGUUGAAAUUCAAGUUUACAGAUCAUAGUAAGUCUGGUAGAUUCUAUGAAGUUUCUAAUCAAUGUUAAUAUGUCAAACUAAUGUUUUAUUAAUUUCGCUGUGUUUUUGUGACCAAGGGGCCUUAAGAGAAAAAAAUAUUAGGGAUUUAAUUCAAUUCAACUCAAUUCAGUUUAUUUAUAUAGUGCAAAUUCACAACACAUAUCA